AUGACUGGUACUAGUAGGUUUUGGAGAUUCAUUCCACACUUAAGAGAAAUCCCUGAUGAUGAAAAUUAUGAGAUUACCACCACUGUUACAGAUACUGCUGCUGCUGCUGCCACAGGUAAUGCUGCUACAGGUACUGUUGCUACAGAUGCUCUUAAAGAUGAAUGUAUUAAUGUCGUCAAUAAAACAUAUACCAACUCUGGUUCGGAAUUGGAUUGCAGAGAUGAAGGCAUAGAAAUUGAAGAAAGCAACACCAGCACCAAUAUCAACAAUGAAAAAGAGCAAGAAAUUCAAGACAUUGUCACCGUUCAAAAAACGUCAGAAAGCGGCAUGAACCCUAUGACUAUUAGCACCAACAAUGAAAAUGACAAAGUUGUCGUCUUGGAAAAAAAUAUUCCUUAUGAACUAAGAGAUGAAAAUGGUAGAAAAUGGUGGAAUUUUUUCAACGAGUUCGAAUACCGUGUUAAUAAAGAGUAUUUAACAAGUAGUAAAUGGUAUAAGUUUCUAUAUCCAAACCAUGCUACUCAUUCCCCAAAAGAGCGUACGUUGCUUUAUAAAUUAGACAUCUGUAUUGGUCUAUAUUUCUUGAUGUUGUGUUGGUCCAAAUCGUUGGAUACCAAUAACUACACCAAUGCUUAUGUUUCUGGUAUGAAAAAAGAUUUGAAUAUGAAAGGUAAUGACUAUAUUAAUACAAGCAGUAUCGCUAGUGUUGGUGCUAUUGUCUUGCAAAUACCAUUUAUGUAUUUUUUGCCACGCUACCCUGCUCAUAUCAUUUUACCCUUGAUGGAUUUCGGUUGGACUUGGUUUACAUUUGCCUGUUACAGGGUUAAAUCGUUGCCUGAGCUAAGAGCUUAUCGUUUUAUAUUAAGUGCAUUUGGUUCUGCCUAUUACCCUGUUUCGCAAUAUAUUUUAGGUUGUUGGUACGCACCCGAUGAAAUAAGUUCGAGAGUCUUCUUAUUUUUCUGUGGUCAAUUACUAGGUGGAGUUACUAGUGGGUUAUUACAAGCACGUAUCUACACCUCAUUAAAUGGUGUUCACGGAUUGGCUGGCUGGAGAUGGAUGUUUUUAAUCAAUGCUAUUGCCAUUUCUUUACCAACCGCGAUAAUUGGGUUUUUCUUAAUUCCGGGCACACCAACCAAAUGUUUUUCACUAAUCUUGACAGAUGAAGAGAUUAAAAUAGCUCGUGCAAGAAAUAGAAGAAACCAAAUUAAAGAUGGGACUACUAAUAAAUCACACUUAUCCGAUUUUUGGUCAUGGAACAAAACUUGGAAAAAAGUGUUUUUAACCCCAACAUUUUGGGUACUAUGUGUUUUUGAUACGUGUUCGUGGAAUAACAUGACUGCAUUCAGCGGCAGUUACACCUUAUGGUUGGAUUCUAACCCAAGUUAUUCGAUUGCCAGAGUUAAUAACUUAAGUGUUAUUCCAGCGUGUUUAGGUUUUGCCUAUGUUGCUCUUUGUGCAUUCGGUGCAGAUUUAUUCCAUUGUAAAUGGGUAUUUAUUGUUUUCUCCAAUAUUAUGAAUAUUAUAUCGUGUUCUAUAUUGAUUAAAUGGGACGUUAGUUCAGGGGCCAAAUGGUUUGCAUUUUUAAUCACCUAUUUUUCGGUUGCUCCUUCUCCAUGUUUAUGGUCCUUUAUUAAUGAUUUUUUAAGAUUGGAUCCACAAAUUAAGGCAAUUACCUGGAUUUGUAUAUAUUCAUUUUCACAGUCUACCUAUGCUUGGAUUCCAACUUUGGCUUGGCAGACCGUUGAAUCGCCUAAGUUUAGGACAGGUUAUAUUGUUAGUUUGAUUUUCACCAUAAUCUAUGGAUUAUGGACAUUUGUUGUUUUAUUCUUUUAUAAAAAAAAUGAGAAAAAAAGGGCUUUGGGUAACGGUAUCAUAUUGUAUGAUAGUAGUAAAGAAGAUGUUCCAGCUUAUGUCAGUAAUUUAAUGGUUAAAAGAGGUGAUUACUAUUAUGUUAAAGACGAGCAAUAA